GCCUCCCCCUCUCUCCCUAUUUAUUCCAAAACCUUCUCCCCAUCCCCCUCUCUGAGGAAGGGCUUAGGCCUGAAAUGUCAGCUUUUGUGCUCCUGAGAUGCUGCUUGGCCUGCUGUGUUCAUCCAGCUCCACACUUUGUUAUCACGCAUCAUAUUCCCGAUUUAAUUCGCUCGCAAGCGGAUAUCGCAUUCCGCUGCAAAGCACCGAUUCUCGCCCGUUGCUGUCGGCUCACACUGCACCGGCAGCGCAAGUUUGCCCGUUUUUAUAUCCCUAAUGGGACCAACCACACCGAAAGUGAGGGUUAAUUUCUGCGCACAAACGCGAGUGAGAGAGUUCGAGGGACAACACGGUGUGGAGCUGCAGGCUAGGCAGCAACAGGGAAACAGGAAAAGCUGACGUUUCAGGUUGUUUUGUUUCUCUCUGGAAAAGGGUCUAAACCCUGCUCCCUCUGAUGCUCUUGGCCUGCCGUGUUCCUCCAGCUCCACACCUUGUGAUCUCAGAUUCUGCAACUUGUGCAGUUCUCACUAUCUCUAAAAGUUGAGAGCCUGGCAGAGUGCCCAGCUCGGAGCUAAUAUCCCAGCCCGGCUUUUUUUUUUGAAUUCCAGCAAAGGUCGAACAGCAGCAGCAAGAAGAGACACACGCACACAGAGAGACAGAGCGAGCUGUGGCACUAUGUCCGCGCCGCUGUACCGGCUCCUCACCGCCAAGCGGCUGCCCCCGCCCGCAAUUCGCGCUUUCGGCUACAAAUCCACCGCGAGGGCGUCGGUAGAGGAGCGAGAGGGUUUGAAAACCAUAGAGGAUCUCCCUGGGAGUGGCCUGCUGUCCACCUUCUACUGGCAUUUCAUCAAAGGAUACCACCAGAAAGCCCACGAGUUUCAGAUUGUGCAGAAGAAGAUGUUUGGUCCCAUCUGGAAGACUAAGUUCGGCCCCAUCACUGUCAUCAAUGUGGCCACUGCCAAUUUGAUUGAGCAGGUUUUGCGACAGGAGGGUAAAUACCCAGUGCGGUCCCAAAUGCCGCACUGGCGAGAGUACAGAGAGUUGAGAGGGAAAGCUUAUGGACCGCUUUGUGAGUACGGAGAGAAAUGGCAUCACAUGCGGAGUAUUUUGAAUCCCAAGAUGCUGAAACCAAAAGAAGUGUCUACCUAUUCUCCGGCCAUCAAUGAGGUGGUAACUGACUUUGUGAAGAGGGUUCAAUGGGUGAGAGAAAACCACGGCCAAGGGGUGAUGUUGAACGAUGUGUCUGGCGAGCUGUACAAAUUCGCAUUUGAAGCGAUCUGCACAAUACUGUUUGAAACGAGAAUGGGGUGCCUGGAAGAACAUGUUCCCGAGGAAACGGAUAAAUUCAUCAAGGCCGUGUUUGAAAUGUUCCACUUCUCUUCCAUUGUUAUCUUCUUUCCGAAAUCUUUGUGGCCCUAUUUAUCGCUGUGGAAACAGUUUGUAGCAGCGUGGGACUACAUCUUUUACAUCACUGAGAAGCUUGUCGACAAGAAGAUGAGCGAGAUGCAGGAGCACGUUGAGAAGGGCUAUCCAGUAGACGGAGAGUACCUCACAUAUCUACUAGCCAAUACCAAGAUGACUCCUCUCGAAAUAUAUGGCAGCCUGUGUGAGCUCCUGUUAGCUGCAGUGGACACCACCUCCAACACGACUGCUUGGAUCCUGUACAAUCUGGCUCGGGAUCCCUCCAUUCAACAGCAGCUCUAUGAAGAAGUGACCAGUGUUUGCCCCGGAGACCAAAUCCCGGAAGCGAAAGAUUUUGCCAACAUGCCAUUCUUGAAGGCAGUGGCCAAAGAGACUCUUCGGAUGUAUCCUGUUGUACCCGGUAAUAGUCGGGUUGCUGUGGACAAAGAAGUGGUGGCUGGAGGAUAUUACUUCCCUAAAAACACCCUCUUCCACCUGUGCCACUACGCCGUUUCUCAGGAAGACAGCGAGUUCAGUCAGUCGAGGAGUUUUCAGCCAAGCCGUUGGCUUCGUGAGAAGGGAGAGGAGAUGAAGAAGCACCAUCCCUUUGCCUCUAUCCCUUUUGGUUUUGGUACCCGUACCUGCCUGGGCAAGAGGGUGGCAGAGCUGGAGAUGUUCAGUGUGAUCUCACGGGUAAUCAAACUCUUCGAAAUCAGGCCAGACCCCUCAGGGAAAGUGGUGAUGGCGAAGACGAGGACUCUGCUUUGUCCUGGAAGCCCCAUCAAUCUGCAGCUCAUCGAUAGAAAGUGCCCAGGUGCCUGAAAGCUUGCUUCAAAUGCUGUACCCUCUUUCACUGGGCCCACUGUCUUUCCCCAGCGUUGAGGACCCAGCCUUGGCCACAUUUGGAGAGGGGGUGUGAUAAAUUCCCACAAGGGGUUUCUCUGCUCAUUCCUGCCCUUUAUGACUUUCUUAGAAUCCUGUCCCAGUGAGAGUGCCCAUUUGGAUAGGUGUAUUUUUGAUAUUGCUUUUCUGAUCUAAGACUUACUUCUAAACUUGUUGCAGCUGGAGGUGCCUCUCUUUCACCUCUGUAGUUUCUGCUUCAGCAAUUAGAGUUUUUAUGGGUUGAGGCAGUUCAAGGUUUGAUGGACUUAUAACAUUCCCUCUCCCUCCCCACUGGCAACGGUUACAUCAAGCGCAGGCAGUAUCCUGUCUUGCUGAAAGAACUGACACAUUUGCUAUAAAAUCACCUUGCUAUUCAUUGCCGUCCUAUCUCAUCUCACCAGGUUUAUUUGCACUCACUUAUGGAAGACCGACACUGCCCCUUUCUCAGUCUGGCAGGGAUCCUUUCGGCUCUAGACAUCACCUAAUCAAGGGCAGCUCUCUGAACGCUUGUGAUUUCAAAUAAACCUGUUGGACUAUAAA